AUGAAUAACGAGAUCACUGCCAAUGAAGUCGUGUGCAUAAAUCAGACAACGUGCAGUGCAUGCAUCAGCGCAUCUCCAAUCUGCAGUUGGUGUCAAGAUGUGACGUUUACCAAAAUUCGCUGCGAUACACAGGAAACUCUAAAGGCAAAUGGAUGUACCCACUUCAAGAUUGUAAACCCCAAAACGGAAUCGGCUUUGUUGGAGAAUAAAGCCACAUCAGAUGGUUUGACGGCUGUACAAAUGAAACCACAAAAAAUUCUGCUUCGAUUGCGUCCUCACGAAAAUGCUGAGGUGCCAUUUAAAUUUUACUUGGCCCAAGACUAUGCAGUUGAUAUGUACUUCUUGAUGGAUUUGUCAAACACUAUGAAAGUUCAUAUCGAGCAACUCGCACAUGUCUCUAAACAUCUCGUUGAUGACAUCAGGAAUCUGACUAAGUCCCUUCAAGUUGGAAUUGGAUCAUUUGUGGAAAAAGAUCUUCUUCCUUAUUCACAAGCAUGUUUCAAUUGUGAAGAAAAAUACGAUUUCAAGCAGGAGAUUAAAUUGACAAAUAAAUUUACGGAAUUUCAGACGAAGGUUGAUGAGCUUAAGAAUAUGACAGGAGAAAAUCUGGAUGCUCCAGAAGCAGGAUUGGAUGCCGUGAUGCAGAGUAUAGUCUGUGGGAAUAAAAUAGGCUGGAGAAAUGAAUCGCGACGUCUAAUAAUCUACUCAUCGGAUGCUCCUUUUCACUUUGCUGGCGAUGGAAAGCUAGGAGGAAUAAUAAUACCAAACGACGGCAAGUGUCAUCUGAAAGGAAAUAAAUACUUAGAAGACAAACAACAGGAUUAUCCUUCCGUAAGCCAGAUUGCUCAAAAGAUUCAAGAUAACCAAAUUACCGUAAUAUUUGCUGUGUCCGGUGCUCAGCUGAAAACAUAUCAGAACUUUGUGAAGAAUAUUAGGGGUGCGUAUGUAAGUGAAUUAAACAGUCAAACAUCGACAAUCGCUGAAAUCGUCAAAGAACGCUAUAAGAAUAUUUCCUCAAGCGUUGAAAUGAGUGUCAUCAACAGGGACAUUAAUAUUACUUUUAUGUCAAAAUGCAGUGGAUCUGACUGGAUGUACACAAAACAUUGCGAUAACUUGAAACCCAGACAGACUCUCGAAUUCAAGGCUCUUAUACCUCCCCAGAAAUGUCCCCCAGGAAAGCAGAACGUCGUGAAAAACAUUGUCAUAUUGCCGAUUGGAUUGAAGCAAAAAUUUGAAAUUAAACUUGAACUCAUCUGUGGCUGUGAUUGCGAAAAAACACCUCAAAUCAAGAGCCCAAAUUGUGAUAGAAUUGGAAAUUUGACGUGCGGAAAGUGCUACUGUGAUAAUCCAGAACUAUUUGAAAAGUGUCAGAUAUACAACACCACAAUGGAAUGCAGUGAUCGAGGGUCUUGUGAAUGUGGAAAAUGCAUCUGUAACAAAAUACCCAAUACUCAGAAUUACUAUUAUGGCGAGUAUUGUGAGUGCAGUAAUUAUUCUUGUCCGAAUUUCAACGGAAUAAUUUGUGGCGGUUUGUCUCAUGGGAAAUGUGAAUGCAACAAAUGUAAAUGUGAACCGGACUUUCAAGGUGAAGAUUGUGGUUGUCCAAUUAGUUCUAGUACCUGUCUAUCCAAGAAUAAUAAAAUCUGCAAUGGUUAUGGUCAGUGCGUGUGCGGUGUUUGCCAGUGCAACAAAAAAUCAGGAUAUAAAGGCAAAACAUGCGAGAACUGUCCGACUUGUGGCAAAUGCGGGAAAUUUGAAGAUUGUGUGAAGUGUGUCAUAUCGCAAAAAUCUGAAUAUACUAAAAAAUGCGUCGAGCGUUGUUAUGAUGUAGAAGUAGAGAUCGUUGAAACGUUCGAAGACAGAAAACAAUUAAACGAUGGCAGGGAAGUGUGCAUGGUAGAAAUAAAUGACUGUAUCGUUCGCUACAAAAACGGAAUUGAUAAACUAUCAAUAUUGAGGAAACAAGAUUGCAAGAAAGUGAUCAACUUAGUGGCAUUAAUUGUUGGAAUUAUUGGUGGAAUCUUCCUUGUUGGAAUUUUAAUUUUGAUACUGUGGAAAAUAAUCACUACUUACCAAGAUAGACGCGAAUUGGCACGGUUUAAUAAAGAAAGAGAUAACGCCAAGUGGACUCCGCAAUCAAAUCCACUAUAUGUCGAUGCUUCAACUACCUUUCAGAAUCCGAUGUGGAAUUCAAAUCCUAAUCAGUGA